AUGGACAUCAAGCGCUGGCCGCAAGAGUCCAGGCAGAUCGUGCAGUGUUCGCCAACCGUCGUUUUGAGGGCUACCAAGACACUCUAUACGUCCAAGCCCACAGACAGCUCUACAGGAGCUGCAUCGUUAGUGGCACAAUUGACUUCAUCUUUGGUGAUGCAGCUGUGGUGUUCCGUGAACCGCAUCAUGGUUGUGAGGAAGCCAAAUGACAACCAACAGAACAUGAAGUGCACAAUCAAACCCGAUGACAAACUCGGUCCCAGCAAAGGACAAGAUCAGGAGCUACCUUGGAAGGCCAUGGAAGGAGUUCUCAAGAACCAUUGUGAUGGAAUCGUAAAUAGGUGA